CUCUACCUCCAUUUUGUUUCUGUCGGCCCGUUUCCGGGUUUCCAAGAAGGGACCGAUAAACGGAGUUAACGGCGAGUAUGGCUCUGCCCGCGGGUCAGGAGUGCGGGUAAAGUUUUCCGUUGCUCCCUGGAAACUGUCAAAAAGUGUCUCCUAUACGGUUGGUGUUGUCUAAGGAGCGUCGUGGAGAAGUUAGAGUGGGUCGGACUGCGCUGACACUGACAGCUGGAGAGUAAACAGCUCGGAGCUAACAGGCUAACCGCGGCUAGCUCGGCAGCUUUAGCCGAGAGGAGCUAGCGCUAGCCGGCUAGCCUGGCUCUGAUUCUCCGGCGGCGUUAAGUUACAUCACCAGGACUUGCCAGCACCCUCCCAUCCUAAUUUUUUGUGUCAAACUGCACCGACGAAGGAUUCGCCACAGCGGCACUUUCCAUUCAUGUUGUUGAGGUGGACGUCCAGUUGUUCGAGUCUCUCAGGAAGCUAACUUUACUCCACCUAAGUUUCAGCCACAGCAGGAGUCAGCGUGUGUCGUCCCUGCUGAGACGGUGAAGUCACCAGUCCUUACCCCCCCACACAGAGAGGUGCCAACAGAGGGACAGGAUGCCUAUUCCUCCCCCUCCCCCUCCUCCCCCAGGACCCCCGCCUCCCCCCACCUUCAAUCAGGCGAACACGACUCCUCCGAAGCUGAGCUCAUCCGAGACUAAAGGCAGAGGAGCGCUGCUGUCGGACAUCUGCAAAGGAGCCAGACUAAAGAAGGUCGGCGUGGUCAACGACCGGAGCAGUCCCCUUAUAGAGAAAUCAGGAGGCGGAGGCGGAGGAGGAGGAGGUGGUGGUGGUGGUGGUGGAGGUGGAGGUUUUGGAGGCGGAGGUCCAAUGGGAAUGGGCGGACUUUUCCAAGGAGGUGUGCCAAAAUUACGCCCAGUUGGAGAUGGUUCAUCUGGCGGUUCGGUGGGUAGAUCGGCCCUGCGGCCCCCAGGGAACAGACCGGCGGCCCCUCGCCCCCCCACAGGCCGCUCCUCCUCCCCCUCCCCGGCCAACAAGCCCUCUCCCCCAGAGCACCAGCGCAGCCACCGCCCUUCACUCCCUGACAUCUCGCGCCCCUCCAGUGGCAGCAGCAGCUCCUCCACAGGCAGCGGGAUGAAGCAUAGCACCUCCGCCCCACCUCCUCCUCCCCCCUUCAACAGAGGAGGCCGCGGCAACGCUCCACCGACCCCCAAAGCGCCGUCUUCCUCAUCCUCCUCUCACAGCAGAGAGAAGCCCCUCCCGCCGACGCCCAACAGAGGCCCCACCCCUCCCAGCUCCGUGAAGCCACCUCCGUCUUCCAGCAGACCGCCAACAGGUGGCUCCUCAGCUCCUCCACCCCCGCCUCCAUACAGACCGCACACGUCAGGUGGCGUCUCCAACGGGCCGUCCCACGUAGACGGCGCUCCAGAACUGCCACAGAGGCACAACUCCCUGCACAAAAAACACACGUCAGGAGGUGGCAGCCAAGGACGCAGCCAUGCUCCUCCACCCCCUCCCUCAUCGUCUCCAUCGUCACAGCAGGGUGGCAGACCACCACCACCCGCCAGAGAGCCACCUGGACGCAGAACAGCUCCCCAGGUGCCCUCCUCCGGGUCCCGUAACGGCGGUCGGGACGCCCCUCCUCCCCCGCCCCCGUACCGCGUCCACAGCUCUGCGGCCUCAGAGUCCCACAGCCGAGUGGGCAAACCUCCUCCGCCCCCCUCCUCCUCCUCCGUCUCCUCAUCCUCCUCCUCCCGAACCCCAGCUGGACCCCCUCCACCACCCCCUCCCAUCCGGAACGGCCACUCCUCCAUCUCCUCCUCCAAGUCCAUCAUAGAUGAUUUUGAAUCCAAGUUCAACUUCCACCCGAUCGAAGACCUUCCACCUCCGGAGGAGUACAGGCAUUUCAACAAGGUCUACCCCAGCAAAACCAACAAGGCCAUGAUGAGGGGAGCUCCUCCAGCGCCGCCGGUGGGGAGGUGAACGGACCUCAGCUCAGGACUUUAACUCUCAGUCAGCCGACUCGAUGGACGGUCGGCACCAGAAGACGGAGAGCGAGAGAGAGAAAGAGAGGGAGUGGUGAAAGAAGCACUCAAAUCACACAUCACACUACAACACACACUAACACUAAAACCACCAGCUGGAAGCACAACGUAAACACUACGACACGGUGGGUUCGACACGACUCGCCGGUCACUGUCUGUCUUUGCACGAGAGAACAAAAAAAAGAAAAGAAAUAAAAAACAACACUCGGACGUCAGAAACAGACUUCUCCUCUGCUGACUGAGUCUCAAACAUAUCAGGACCAAACUCCGAACACUUCCAAAUCUGUGCAUUCCAUCUUUUUUCCUUUUUUUUAAAUGCAUAAUCAUGAUAAUAAUGGUGAAGUUCAUAAUUCUGAAUGAUUUUGUGAUUUUGGUGUCAGCAUUAAUUUGUUGAGUGGGGGAAAAGAAUUCAACUGUGUUUUGAAUUCCCGCUAAAACUGAUAAUGCCAUGAAUGUGUGGGGGGCUUAUUGAUGUUUUUUUGUUUUGUUUUGUCUUAAAUAGCCAUUCCAGCUGUGCCAGGUGAGGUUUCAAUCAGCUCUCUGUGUCAGUGUGCCAAAAGCAGGUAGAGUCACAUGAGCUGCACAGGACAGUUUCCAGACAUGCUCUUUAUAGCACCGGCAUGUUUUAAAUUCUCCUUUUUGAUCAUCGUGGACUUGAUGCAUUACUGGAAAGCUCGCCAAGUUAUGACAGAAGUUGUUUAUUUUUACAUUUGGAAAGGGGCGAUUUCCUGCUCCCUUCCUUUAUUGUUUUUGCACCCCCUACUUUCCGUUAUUUGGGGGCCUUCAUAUUUCCAUCUUUAUGUGAUGAUGCAUGGCACCUUUAAGGGAUAGUUUGGGUUUAUUGAAGCAGGGCUGUAUUACCUGUAGUAGAGAAGCAGCACAGAAACUUAGCAAUGUACUGCUGUGGACAGCUGCAGCACCUAAAGUAUUUAAGCCACAUCAAAAAGUCAAUAUCAGUUUAAGUGUACACUUUAUUUAGAAUAUUUUUACCACUUUACGUUGCCGUCAGACAGCCGUUUUUGACGAGGAACCGAAGCUGUUGAAUGCUCGCUUCAUAGCCACCAGACUACAUUGACAAAAACAGUAAUUUUACCUUGCAGAACACAAGAGUUGUCUCGAUAAGUUCUUUUAUCCGUGUUAUUGUGUGACUGGGGUGAAUCCAAACUAAUCUCUUUGAACACAAAAGUCACGCAAUAACACAAACAAACUGACCAAACGACGCAGCAACUCCUGUGUUCUGUGAGGUAAAAUUACUGUUUUUGUCAAUGGAUUCUGGUGGCUUUGAAGAAAGCAGAAUUGUUUCAGUUGCCCGUCAGAAAAAGCUAUCAAAUGGGAAGUUGGAGUGAUGAAAAUAUUCUAAAUAAAGUGAGUGUACUGUCCACAAAUUAUAAUUUUUUGCACAAUCCCAAUUCCAAAAAAGUUGGAACACUGAAAAACAAAAACCAUUACAAAAUCAGGAUUGCAGGUGUCUAAACUGCAUUUUAUCUGUUAUUCCUGCCUGCAGCAGUACAUUUCUUAGCUUCUGUGUCAGUACUACUGUCUGCUUCUCCAGACUGGAGGCAUGUUGACCACCUUCUCCUGCAGAUAAUACUCUGACUUUGGAUAAGUA